UUUUAGCAACCCAGUUUGUCGUUGCCGCAUUCGCUUUUCGGCUGUCGUGCCGCGCGGCAGCCAAAACCAGUGUAUUAACUCCAGAACUUUUGCACGCGUACUCUCGCAACACACGAUUGUGGCGUAUCCUAGUCUAUAAAAUAUUACGUACUAUUUGCUAUGCGUGUGUUUCUGUUUCUGUGUGUGUGUGUGCGUGUGUGUGUGUACGUGUGUGUGUGUGUGUGAGUGUGAGUAUGUGUGUUUCUGUAUUAACUGAAACAAUUGGAAACAACAAUUGUGAACAACGACUACGCUAAACUGCAUAAAUUGUUGUAAAUGUGCUGCUUGCCAAUUGGCGACGGCAAAAGUUUUUGUGACCUUUUUACGGAAACAUUUCGAGAGGAAAUUGCAUUUUACAUUUUGCACUUUCGACUUUUGCAUUUCUGCAUUUUGUCGAUGUCGAUGUCGAUGUCGAUUUUUGGCUCAGCGAACUUUUCGUGUGUCUACUUCUUAAAUUUUGAACUUGAAUGUAGAACUUGGCAGCGACUGACAGUCAAUUGUCGCCAUCGCAGAAGCAACGCCAACGCCUUUGGGCCACAAGCUGCAAAUGCCUGGCGACCGCAAGCAAAAGUUGAGGCAACGACUACGACGACAACAGUAAGCAGCAGCAACAAUAUCAACAGCAACAACAACAACAGCAACUUGUACAGCAGCAACAUGUUGCACUCUUGA